UCAUGAUCGACCCCAAGCUGUUCGAACAGGACAAUGCCUCUGAAGGCCCGUGGACCCUCCUCAAGCAGCUCAGAAUCCGCGAUGUCGUCGCCGCUAUCAAGCAGAUCGUUCUCGAAGACUUCCAGCACCUCGUCAAUCUCGUCAGAGGCCGUCCUUUGAACCUCGAGACCAUCACCUUGCUCUCCAAGGAAUGCGUCAAGGAACGCGCUGGAAAAACCACUCUCAUCACGCUCGCCGUUCUGGUUAGCAUCAUCCUCUUGGUUUACCCCAUGACUGUUGCCUCGUCUUUCCUGGCUGUCGCCGUUUUCACCACCACCGGUCCUGCUGCUGGUAAACUGCUUAAUUGCUUUGGCAAGNNAUCGGUCGCUGCUGCUGCUCAGGCAACCUACGGAGUUGGCGCAGUCUUCAGUACUCUUCAGAACGCCGCCAUGGCUGGCUAUGGAGUCACUGUCGUCGCUGGUAUCGUUCAAGCAACUCUUAUUGCCAGUACUGCUGUUGCUGCUUUCAAGCUG